ACUAAGUCGCGUAUUUCGCGAGCAUCCACUUAUUGAUUUUACUCAAUAAACUAAUAAAUAAUUAUUGCACUUAAAUAACAAUUUGCUAAAAUAUUUUAAUGAUUUAAAAAAGUUAUAAUGAAUUUGACGACAUAUAUUAUUUUGUUUAUUGUAUGUGUGCGUCGUUGUGUGCAACAAAAUGAAGAUCAAUUCUUCAGAAUCAAAAGAUCCUCCUAGUUUUUACAUUCAUACGCGACAAUUACUAGAAUUAUGUUUUCCUGAUCAAUUGAGCCAAGUUGCGAUUAUGCCCAAUUUGACUGAUAUUAUUUACCAAAUCAAACAGAACGUCCAAUCAAACAGUUCUGUUUAUAUAUUUGAUCAAACUGAGAUUUCAAAAACAUGGUUUAACCACUAUCAGAAAAAAUACGAUGCAUACAUUUCAUCUCAGUGCUACAUUUUUUCUGUUGAUUUACUCUAUACACUUGGCGAAAUCUUACGAUCAACUUUUUGGAAUAGCAACAAUUUAGUGUUAAUAGUCGGGAACCAGUGCGGCGAUGCAUUGAAGGCCUUGAUAUGGCUAUGGGAAGGUCAGGCUAUCAAAUCAUAUUUCCUGUGCCCCAAUGAAUUCAACAACAAUACAAACAUCUAUAUGUUUAACCCUUACGGUGAUAGGGCGCCAAAGCUCUGGAGCAAAGUUGAGUCAACGGAACGACCAUAUGAUUGGUGGACAGUCUACAAAAUGCCAUUUGUUAACGAUCAGAAUAUAUGUUCCAGUUUAACUUUUGACAAAACGGAGAUUUUAGAUGAUUACCAACUUCCACUUUGGAAUUUCGAGGUGAUGAACUUUGACAAAAUAAAUUUGAAUGAAUAUGACAGAUCCAAUACAUCCGAUAUGUACUUGAAAAAAACAAUUCUUUUCUACAAGAAUCUAUUCUCAGCCAUGAAUGUCACCCCUAUUGCUCACAAUGGAAACGUAAUAGACUUUAGCGUGAUAACUCCAGUGAAUCCACAACUACUAGAAUUCGUCUUUGAUGGCCAGCCCGUUUUUCCUUUUUAUGAACAAAGUGGUUACGUUAUACUAACACAAAAACAAAGUUUAAUACCGGCAUUCAGUCAAGUAGCCGACGAUUUUUUUACUUAUCAAAAUAUAGUAAUGUCGUCCGUUGUUUUGGUAAUACUAUUUAUCAUAAUUCUGUUUAAUCACAAGUUCCAUUUCGGUGGAGCUGCUUUAGAUCUCUUGUCAUUUCUAUUGAAUAUGGGGUUAAAGACCCCUAUAAAUCGGUUAUGGAUACGCAUUACGUUCUUAAGUGCAACUUUAUUUGUUCUUAUUUUUAAUCCGGCGUUACAGGGGCAACUGACUUCAGUAUUGACUCGACCAGAGUAUAGAAAUGUCCGAACCCUGAAGGAUCUUCGCGACAAUAAUUACCACGUCUACUGGUCUACGAUCUAUGAGUAUAAUAUAAUACUUGAUAGUCAGCUAUGGGAUGAAGAUUCUUUAAAUAAAUAUGUCCACGUGAUGUAUCCGGGAGAACAAGAUUAUUGCAUGAAGAACGUUAGAAGUAAUUCUUCAAUCGCUUGUUUAAUUGACUUUGACUCGCUUGAAGCUACAAACUUAGACUUACAUAUUUCGAAAGAGUUUUCUUAUAAACUCCAUAUAUUUACAAGUUCUCCAAACUGGGGACUCAAUGGAAAAGCUCAAAAAAUAGCGAUGAAGUUGUUUGAAAGUGGUUUUUCGGAUUAUGCUCAAAAGCGUAAUAUGUAUAGAAUUUUGAUGAAAAGGAAAAUCAAGAUGAAUAAAAUAAAAGCAUUACGAGAUUAUGAGCAAUUAAAUCUCCAAGAUUCUGCGUUAGUCUAUAUUGCAAUGACACUGGCCGCAGCCUGGGCAUUUCUUGUUUUGGGUGUCGAAAUUCUGUUUAAAAAAAUAGAAACAUUCUUCAAGAAACGUUCACAAGAGUCGGAAAUGAGAAAGUUGGAGAUUCGAAGAAGAAUCGCGUCUACUGUCAGAAAAAUAGUCAUUCUCUCUCAAGAGGUAAUCGACGUUUAGGCAGAACACCUUUCAAUUAUUGUCGGAUUUUGAAUUCUUAAAAAUAUUAUUUGUUAAAGUGUGAUAGUGUAAACCAUUGUAUUGUUUGAAGAGGUACUAGGGCAAAAUAGGUCAUUAUUUAAAAGGAAAGAUAAAUUCCAUUAUUUCAUUAGAAAAAGGGUGAGCGAAUUUCCUUGAUCAUGUGCACAAAUAAGUAAACGAUUUUCAAUAAAAACAAAUCUUUAUUUUCUAAACGACAGCAAUUUUGCCCUGAUAUUUUGACCAUAUGAUUGCUGUACUUCUCUGUUUGAAAAAUUAUAUACUUUUGUAAUGCUCUCUAAACAUGAAUAAGUGAAAUAAGUGAAUAUUCACUAAUUCUGAGUGCCAACCGAAGCACUUUUUGAAAUUAGUGGUUCGGUUUGCACUUGGAAUUAGUAAAUAUUCACUUAUUUUCACUAAUUUGUGCUUACAGAGAGAUUAAAUGUGUUUUAAUGAUAAUUAAAUAAUUUAUGCUCUCAUGCAAUAACUCAUCCGUAAUAUUUAUGCAGGAUGGCUUCAAUAUACUGAUUGCUCUCAAUUUACUCUCUAAAAAUGAAUCAGUGAAAUUCACUUUAAAUUAGUGAACAUUCACUGGGAAUCAGCUAUAAGUAUACCAC